AUGGUCAAACCAGGCAUGGAGCCCCCUCCGGGCCAACAGUCCAACUUCGACAACCCUGAUCGUGAGAUGUACUACAUCUGUAUUGCAGCUAACACGAUUACCAUGAUCAUUUGCUCCAUUUUCAUGGGGUUGAGAUUGUGGGCCCGGUACAGACUUUCGAUGAGACUGCGGAUAGAUGAUAUUGCUUGUGUCAUCGGAUAUAUUGGAUUGAUGGGAUAUUGUGUCAUCUGUCUACUGAUGCUGAGAUACGGAGGUGGUCUACACCAAUGGGACGUCCCAGCCGAUCUCGUCCCCCAAUACAGCCAAACCGUCUACGCAACAAUGGUAAACUACGGUCCAACAGUCUUUGCCAUCAAAGCAGCCAUCCUGCUCUUCCUAGCCAACAUUUUCGCCCCCUACAAAACCUACGUCAAAUGGAUCUACGGCUUCCUUAUAACCAUGGGCAUAUACUACGUUGUCAUGCUCUUCCUAAAGAUGUUCAUCUGCUGGCCUAUAUCCAUGUUUUGGGGCGCUACCACUGACGGAAAGUGCUUUAACCAGCGUGUGCUUAUUCUGGUAGAUAAUAUUAUUAGUCUUCUGAGUGACAUUGUGGUUCUACUACUGCCUUGUCCACUUACUAAGAAGUUGCAAGUUGGUUGGGUUGCGAAACUCAAGAUCGUGGCUAUCUUUGGUGUUGGUGGUUUGGCGUGUGUUUUUAGUCUUGUGAGAUUGGUGUUUAUCAUCCAGAACGGGGAAAGUCAGGAUCAGACUUAUGUCUUUCUGCAAAUCAACCUCACCGGCAUCGCCGAGUGUGGAAUUGGUCUCGUCUGCGCUUGUUUCCCGUUUAUGCCCAUGCUGUGGAAGUCGAUUCUCCACAAAGACAAACCCGGUUACUCAUCGAAUUAUUCCCGGUCUCAGUUUGAGAUGAUGAGUGGUUCAAAUAAACGGUCGCGAAGUGCGACGCAUAAUGCUGAGAGUGCGCAUUAUAAGGAGAAUGGAAGUGAUGAGAAUAUUCUUAUUCCGGAUGGGAAGUCCUAUGUUACUACCAAGGUCCGAGCUGGGGAUGGUAUUGAGGGAAGUGUCGGGGAAGAGAGUACGGGAGGUGGAACGAGUCUUGAUGAUUCUCAUAUUUUGAGGACGGUGGAGGUUACGCGGGUGUAUGAGAGCAAUUAA